GAGUAUCGUCUGAUAGCGAAAAAGGGAGAAGGCACCUUCUCCGAGGUGCUGAAAGCACAAUGCGUCAAGAACGGCAAGAUGACGGCAAUCAAGUGCAUGAAGAGUCAGUUCGAAAGCGAAGAGCAGGUGAACAAUCUCCGAGAGAUUCAAGCUCUGCGGCGACUCUCGCCACAUCCCGGGAUCAUCAAACUGGUCGAAGUUCUCUACGAACAGCCGACGGGUCGACUGGCACUGGCAUCUGAUGGCGACCAGGUGUUCGAGCUCAUGGAUAUGAACAUCUACGAGCUGAUACGUGGGAGACGGCAGUACCUCCCUGAAGCGAGGAUCAAAUCUUACAUGUACCAACUCAUCAAGGCGAUGGAUCACAUGCACAGAAAUGGAAUUUUUCAUCGAGACAUCAAGCCUGAAAAUAUUCUCAUCUCCGAUGACGUGCUAAAGCUGGCUGACUUCGGGUCCUGUCGAGGAAUCUACUCGAAGCAGCCCUACACGGAGUACAUCUCCACCCGCUGGUACCGGGCCCCGGAGUGUCUCUUGACGGACGGCUACUACAACUACAAGAUGGACCUCUGGGGAGUCGGCUGCGUCUUCUUCGAGAUCAUCAGCCUCUACCCGCUCUUCCCAGCAGGCACCAACGAGCUGGAUCAGAUUCACAAGAUCCACAACAUCCUGGGAACUCCUCCCCAAGAGAUCCUCGAGAAGUUCAAGCGGCACGCCACUCACAUGGAGCUCAACUUCCCUCCCAAGGAAGGCAGCGGCGUCAUGAAACUCAUCCCCCACGCGCUCGAGGACUGUAUCGAUCUGAUCCUCAAGCUUCUCACCUACAACCCGGAGGAUCGACUUUCCGCUCGUCAGGCUUUACGGCACGCCUUCUUCAAGGAUCUGCGGGACAUGGACAAGAGAGUAAAGCGCGAACUUCUGGCUCAGAAGGUGAAGAAGAGUCUGCUCUCCUCUUCCUGCUCAUGA